AUGGGACUUCUUCUACGGUAACUUUUACUACCUCUGUGUUAACUUAAGUUUUCAACAAAAAUGCUUUGAAUAAUGAGAUUGUGGUAUAUUUCUGUUUUAUUUUUAGUUUGUUGCUUCUGUGGUUGCUGCUUAUUGGAAAACUUGAGGCAAGCAUUAAAAGUAAGCAGCAGCCACAGGUACCAAGCUACCAGUCCCAGCAGCAGCAGCAGCAGCAGCAGCAGCAGCAGCAGCAGCCACAGGUGCCAAGGUACCAGCCCCAACAGCAGAAGCCACAGGUGCCGAGCUACCAGCCCCAACAGCAGAAGCCACAGGUGCCGAGCUACCAGCCCCAACAGCAGAAGCCACAGGUACCGAGCUACCAGCCCCAGCUGCAGCAGCAGCAGCCACAGGUACCGAGCUACCAGCCCCAACAGCAGAAGCCACAGGUACCGAGCUACCAGCCCCAACAGCAGAAGCCACAGGUACCGAGCUACGAGCCCCAACAGCAGAAGCCACAGGUACCGAGCUACGUGCCCCAACAGCAGAAGCCACAGGUACCCAGCUACCAGCCCCAGCUGCAGCAGCAGCCACAGGUACCGCGCUACCAGCCCCAGCUGCAGCACCAGCCACAGGUACCAAACUACCAGCCCCAGCAGCAGAAGCCACAGGUACCGAGCUACCAGCCCCAGAAGCAGCAGCAACCACAGGUACCGAGCUACCAGCCCGAGAAGCAGCAGCAACCACAGGUACCGAGCUACCAGCCCCAGAAGCAGCAGCCACCACAGGUACCGAGCUACCAGCCCCAGAAGCAGCAGCCACCACAGGUACCGAGCUACCAGCCCCAGAAGCAGCAGCCACCACAGGUACCGAGCUACCAGCCCCAGAAGCAGCAGCAACCACAGGUACCGAGCUACCAGCCCCAGAAGCAGCAGCAACCACAGGUACCGAGCUACCAGCCCCAGAAGCAGCAGCAACCACAGGUACCGAGCUACCAGCCCCAGAAGCAGCAGCAACCACAGGUACCGAGCUACCAGCCCCAGAAGCAGCAGCAACCACAGGUACCGAGCUACCAGCCCCAGAAGCAGCAGCAACCACAGGUACCGAGCUACCAGCCCCAGAAGCAGCAGCAACCACAGGUACCGAGCUACCAGCCCCAGAAGCAGCAGCAACCACAGGUACCGAGCUACCAGCCCCAGAAGCAGCAGCAACCACAGGUACCGAGCUACCAGCCCCAGAAGCAGCAGCAACCACAGGUACCGAGCUACCAGCCCCAGAAGCAGCAGCAACCACAGGUACCGAGCUACCAGCCCCAGAAGCAGCAGCAACCACAGGUACCGAGCUACCAGCCCCAGAAGCAGCAGCAACCACAGGUACCGAGCUACCAGCCCCAGAAGCAGCAGCAACCACAGGUACCGAGCUACCAGCCCCAGAAGCAGCAGCAACCACAGGUACCGAGCUACCAGCCCCAGAAGCAGCAGCAACCACAGGUACCGAACUACCAGCCCCAGCAGAAGCCACAUGUGCCAAGCUACCAGCCCAAGCAGCACAAUCAGAAGGUGCAGCAGGCACCCAGCCACCACCCCAAAAAACUGCAAGCACCCAGCCAUUAUCCUAAACAGCAGCAGACCCAGCAGGCGCCCAGCCACUAUCCCAAACAGCAGCAGACCCAGAAGGCGCCCAGCCACUAUCCCAAACAGCAGCAGACCCAGAAGGCGCCCAGCCACUAUCCCAAACAGCAGCAGACCCAGCAGGCUUCCAGCUACUAUCCCCAACAGCAGCAGGCACCUAGCUACUAUCCCAAACAGCAGCCGGCGUCCAGCUUCUAUCCUAAACAGCAUCAGCCACAGCAGGUGCCCAGUUUUCCACAGCAGCAGAUUCCUCAGGCACCAAGAUACAGUGCUGGUCAACAGUCACAGGUGCCAGGGUACCACUCCAAGCACCAGCCCCAGGUUGAUGUUCAUCCAAGGGGUCUGGCACCCUCCCACAAGCCUCAACAGCCUGUGUACCAACCCAAGCCACAACCCCACUAUCCAGUAUACCAGCCAAAGCCUCAGCCCCAGCAGCCUGUGUACCAACCCAAACCACAACCCCACUAUCCAGUAUACCAGCCCAAGCCCCAGCCCCAGCAGCCUGUGUACCAGCCCAAGCCCCAGCCCCAGCAGCCUGUGUACCAGCCCAAGCCCCAGCCCCAGCCGCCUGUGUACCAGCCCAAGCCCCAGCCCCAGCAGCCUGUGUACCAGCCCAAGCCCCAGCCCCAGCAGCCUGUGUACCAGCCCAAGCCCCAGCCCCAGCAGCCUGUGUACCAACCCAAGCCCCAGCCCCACUAUCCAGUAUACCAGCCAAAGCCUCAGCCCCAGCAGCCUGUGUACCGGCCCAAGCCUCAGCCCCAGCAGCCUGUGUACCGGCCCAAGCCCCAGCCCCAGCAGCCUGUGUACCGGCCCAAGCCCCAGCCUCAGCUUCCCGUGUACCAGCCCAAGCCUAGGCCUCAGCUUCCCGUGUACCAACCCAAGCCUAGGCCCCAGCUUCCCGUGUACCAGCCCAAGCCUAGGCCCCAGCUUCCUGUGUACAAGCCUCAGUUCCAGAUGCCAGCUUACCAGCCUAAGCCUUAG